AAAAAACGCUCCAUUUUUUUCCGCCACAGUGAGAGAACGAAACGAUGGAGGAAGAGUUCAGUCCAAAGCCGUGUCCCUCCACCGUAACAGUCCGCCGUAACCCUCCUCGAAAGGCCAGAGCCACUCCAUACACAACCACCGCAGCAGCAGCUAAACCACUUCCUUCCUCUAACAACUCUCACGAAGUCCCUUCCUUCCCAAUCGACGAGAUCCUCUCCAUCCAAAUCCCUCAACCCAAACCCUCCGUUCCAGAGAGCUUAAAGAUCUUCCUCAGAAUCAAACCAUUGAGAAUCUUCACCAACAAGGCAACAACCGUUACAGCGAAGAGUAGACCUAGAAACGUAUGGCCGCAAAACCCUUCGAAGAAGGCUAAAGAGAGUAGGCCUAAGAAGAGUGAGGAAGCUUGUAUUACACUCAAUGACGCUUACUCGGUUACGCUUACUCCUCCUCAAGCGUUGCAAGAGCUUAAACGGAGUAAGACUGAGGUUUUUGAAGGGUUUUCUCAUGUUUUUCCUGCUAACUGUUCGCAGAAUGAUGUGUAUGAUAAGAUGGUUGAGCCUUUGUUGGAGGAUUUUUUGAGAGGGAAGAGUGGGAUGUUGGCUGCGUUGGGACCUAGCGGCUCUGGGAAGACUCAUACUGUUUUUGGAACUGUUAAGGAUCCUGGUGUUGUUCCGAUUACGCUCCGUCGGAUUUUUAAGAAGGGUGAUGAAGCUUCUUCUUAUUCUGUGUCUUUGAGGUUGUUUUACUUGUCUAUAUUUGAGAUAUGUUCUGAGCGAGGGAAAGGGGAGAAAGCUUAUGAUUUACUUGGAGAUGGGAGCUCUGAGUUGUCUGUGCAGCAAUCUACCAUCAGGGGUUUGAAAGAGGUGCCGAUCCGGAAUUUGGGGGAAGCAGAGUCCUUAAUUGGUCAGGCGAUGCUGAAACGUGCUACAGCCACAACAAAUUCAAAUAGUCAAUCAAGUCGGUCACAAUGCAUUAUCAACAUAAGAGCAGCAUCCGAUGGCGUUUCUAACGAAACAAAAAUGCAGUCUAGUGAUGCUAUGCUGACUAUAGUGGACUUGGCGGGAGCAGAAAGGGAGAAAAGAACUGGCAAUCAGGGAGAGAGGCUGGUUGAGAGCAAUUUCAUCAACAAUACAUCCAUGGUUUUCGGUCAAUGUUUGCGGUCGCUGCUGGAGUAUCAGAAGAACCGAAAGAAGGGAUUGCAGAAACAUCAUCAAAAUUCACUGUUAACAAGGUACUUGCGGGACUAUCUAGAAGGAAAAAAGAGGAUGGCUUUGAUUAUAACAGUUAAAGCAGGAGAAGAAGAUUAUCUUGACACCUCCUAUCUUCUAAAACAAGCUUCACCUUACAUGAAAAUCAAAUUUGAUAAUAUUGAGGAAGUGUGCAACAAGAGGCAGCUCAAGACAGUUCCAAGAGUAGAGAAAAACAAGAAAAUGAAACUCAGUGCUCCCAAGACUUCCCAAGUUGCAGAGAUUGUUGUUGGAGAAAGAAACCAAGUUACUCAGGAAGUGAAUUUGGAGGGAAAGAAAGCUGAUCAAACUGAGAAGCCAUCUCCAAAGCUGGAGGAUAACAACGAGAGAGAGCACAUCAUCAUGCGGAAUUUUGCUAAAGUCGUUUGGAACGUCCUGAAGCAGUACAACGAGAAGUUAAAAGUUGCAGAAGGUGACAUUUGCAGUCUGAAGGAAAGCCUUAAAAACGAACAACUUAAAUCACAGGGAUUAGAGACAGAGUUGAUCAGUCUCAAGUCUUCUUGCCUAUUUUCCAAGUCAAACCUGGCAGAACCAUGUCUACCUGAGGUAGAAGCACUUGUCCAUGCAAAAGAACAGCUCGAGGUUGACACAAGUUUGGCUAUUGCAUAUACGAAUGUCGAUGAUGAUCUUUGCGAACUUGGCGAGUCUAGAAGAGAAGUAACCGCAGAAGGAUGUAAUGAGUCUCCUGUACCAAACAAAAAUGUAGUACCUGGCUUAGGAAACGGAGAAAUCUUCUGUGACGAGCAAAAAUGUGCCAAGCAAGAUGAUCUGUUCAACCUAAUCGAUUCAAGAAAAGAAGUCACUGCAGAAGGAUGCAAUAAGUCUCCUGUACCAAACAAAAAUGUAGUACCUGGCUUAGAAAACGAGGAAAUCUCAUGUGAAGAGGAAAAAUGUGCCAAGCAAGAUGAUCCGUGCAACCUAAUCGAUUCAAGAAAAGAAGUCACUACAGAAGGAUUCAAUGUAUCUCCAGUACCAAACAAAAAUGUAGUACCAGGCAUAGGAAACGAGGAGAUCUCCUGUGACGAGCAUGAAUGUGGCAAGCAAGGUGAUCCAACACCUUCACCAGAACAAGUUGAAGUUAGUCUCAUCAACAACCGAUUGUCUAACAUUCAAACAAAGUCUGCAGUGUCUCGCAGGUUUCCAGAUUCAGUGAAACAAGAAAGACUCAGAAGACUGUUGCCAGCUUCAUCCAGAUUGCUAGCUGAGGAAAUGGAUGACUUGGACAUCAAAGAUGACCAGAUUGAGAAACCACAGGUUAAAUUAGCCGAGACUCAUGAUCAAGAGGAAUCAGAUUCAUCUAAGAGUCGUGAAAUUGAAAUACUUGCCCGUGAAGCAGAAACUAAAAAGCAGAAGAAGGAACAGAAGAAACCAAGAAGGAGGCUCCAACCUGCUUCAUCUGUGUUGUUAACAAGAGAAAUAAACACGUUGGAGAUUGAGGAUGAUGUCGCUGAGCCAAAGGGGACCAGAGGCGGAAAGAAGACAACAAUGACACAACCAAGAAGCCAAGGGAGUGUGACACUCCUCCGUCUCCUCACAAACAAUCUUCAUCUCUGACAAAAGUAAAAACUUUCUGAAUUAUGUAGCAAAUCUACAACAUCAUGUAUUGUAAAUGGUCUUAAGCUUUUUGAGACGCAAGAUGAAAUAGUUAACAUAAAAAAAAAACGUCUAGUCUUUUAAUUUAUUUCUUAAACUACUAUUACUGUUUAUAUUAUAGUUUCCAUUCACUGCG